GCAAGCUUGCCUCACACGCAGAAUAGAGAUAGUUCGGUGCUUUGUGAAGGUGGUCUUGGGUCGUGUGCCGCUCCAAGCCUAUCGUGCCUAUCAGCUGGACGAUAACGCAGUGCUCACCCCAUGUCGAGUUCGAGGGAGUCCUCGAGGUAUCACCGCGAUGCGUCUCGUGAACGGCACCUCGCGUCGACUUCGCGCGGAACGCGUAGCGUCUCCGCAUCGCGUACAUUCCCUCUAGAGCUCGAUGUCGAAGCAGAUCUCCUCAUUCACCCCGAUGGUGCUGUCGCUACGGAGAUUCUCCGUCCUUCCGAGACUGAGAUCGAGGAGGCGACGGACAGUUUGGAAACUCCUGUCCACGGAGUUUCAUCGAACGGACAGGAUUUUAAGCCGUGGUGGAAGCGGCCCUCUCCAUGGUGGUUCCUUACCAUCACUCCGGUCGUGGCUCUUGCGAGAGCUGCCACAAUGGCACCUCGAGUAGAGAUAUAUAUCCAACUAGUAUGCGAUGCGUACAGGCCGGACACAACCGUCGGUCAAAUGUUCUCAUUAGCUGCGAAAGAUGGAGAUAGAUGGGAGCUCUGCUCGUCCGAUCCGGUCGUGCAAGCCGCUGUGGCGAAGCUGGCGAUGGCGAUGACGACAUCUAUGGGUGUUCUGGGAUGCCUUACCACAGGUUGGUGGGGCUCGCUUUCUGAUCGGUAUGGUCGUACGAGAGUGAUGACUGUCGCGAUCAUCGGGCUUUUGUUGGAGGACCUGGGCUUCCUGAUAGUAUGCAAUUUCUCCAAACUACUGCCAGGAGGUUAUUGGGCCUUGACGGUUGCGCCUGUGAUUGCGGGACUAAUGGGAGGAUUGGGGACGGCUGGCGCCAACAUGAAUGCCUACAUAGCUGACUGCACAGAUGUGACGUCGAGAUCCCGCUUCUUCUCUCUCAGCCUCGGCCUCCUCUUUCUAGGCUACAGCAUCGGGCCCACGUUCGGCAGCGUGCUCAUAAGCUACACACGGAAUACACUCUCUGUUUUCGCCGUCGCCGCGACGCUACACGUCGCGUACGCGUUCCUCACGGGCUGCAUCAUCCCUGAGUCCCUGAGUACUGCGCACAUGGCGGAAGCGCGCGGGCGGGCUGCGGAGGAAGAAGCACAAAGGACAAAAGGUGGGGUGAGGAUAUGGCUGGCGAGGACGGUGGGCGGGUUUAUAAGACCACUGGCCUUGUUGCUGCCUGGCAAAGUGGAGAUGGAAGAUGGAAAGCAAAGGAGAAAGAGGGACUGGAGCUUGUUGUUGCUCGCGGCAGGGUACGGGUGUACGAUUGCUCUCAAGGGGGAUAUCACAUAUGAGUAUCAGUACAUGUCCCUGAUGUACGGAUGGACAUCCGAAGAGCUCGGAUACUAUACGAGUGCGCUCGGUACUACUCGCACCGUCUAUUUGACAAUCCUGUUGCCUCUGAUCAUGAAAACCCUCCAGCCUAAGCCUGCCAUUCAGAUAUCAACAGAACAGCACAAGCCCUUGGAUUACAGAAGUAUCUCCCGACCAACAUCCCCUUCUACCAAAUCUCAGUCGCCGCCGCCAGGAUCCCCAUCCCACCAUGCCUCACCUGCCCUUGACCUCGCCCUCGCGAGGCUGUCCAUCCUUAUCGAGCUCGUUGCAUAUACGUUGAUGGCGCUUGCGCCGAAUGGUCACCUAUUCACCGCAUACGCUAUCGUCAGCGCACUCGGGGCCGGAUUCACACCCGCAGUGAAUAGCGUUGCAUCGGCGCUAUAUAUGCAGCAGGGUGGGCGCGAGCUUGGGAAGCUGUUUGGCGCUCUGGGAGUUGUGCAGACGAUUUGCUCGCAGGUUAUGGGCCCGUUCGUCUUCGGGGUAACGUAUAUGAAGACGGUAGCGACGUUUCCGCAGGCGAUAUUUGUGGUAACGGUCGCUGUGUUGGCGGUGUCCUUCAUAAUGCUAGUUCCCACCCGUGUGCACUCACCCUCGAACGUGGACGUUGAGGGACCGACCCGCGAACCCACGCCCGUUGGCGAGCGCGCGCCGUUGCUGAUGCAACGAGGCAGGAAGGCGGCUGGGCUAUCGGCGACUGCCUAGGUAACUGAGGAUCUGUCGAAGUCUAUGCUAGAAUGGAUGGCAUCUGUAAUAUUUUCUCAUAACUUCAAUUCAAUGUCGUGUGACACCGACGCGCGAAAAUGUUCAAUCGACUAUGGAAGGAAUGGCACCUAUCACACAGAGGGUCCAAA